AUGGCGUCCCGCUUGGCCCGCAGCGCAGUCGGGGCCGCCCGCCUGCGCCCGACCGUCGUCCCGCGCGCUCUCCCAGCGAUCUCGUCGCUCGUCACGGCCCGCCAGACCUCGUCGUCGACGACGGCCACCGUCCCCACGACCGACCCCAAGACCAAGGCGCAGUCGCUCAUCGACGCCAUCCCGGGCAACAGCCUGGUGUCCAAGACGGCCAUCCUCUCGUCGGCGGCCGGCGCGUCCAUCUACGCGCUCAGCAACGAGUACUACGUCGUGAACGAGGAGACGGUCGUCGCCUUCUGCCUGCUCAGCGUGUGGACUGCUCUCAUCAAGUUUGGUGGCCCGCUGUACCGCGAGUGGGCGGAUGGUCAGAACGCGAAGAUUAAGGAUAUCCUUAACGCUGCGCGUGCCGACCACACCCAGGCUGUCAAGACUCGCAUUGGUGAUGUCCAGCAGAUGUCGGGCGUCAUUGAUGUGACCAAGAGCCUGUUCGAGGUGUCCAAGGAAACCGCCAAGCUGGAGGCUGAGGCGUACGAGCUCGAGCAGCGCACCGCGUUGGCUGCCGAGGCCAAGUCGGUGCUGGACUCGUGGGUGCGCUACGAGAGCCAGGUCAAGCAGCGCCAGCAGAAGGAGCUCGCCGAGAGCGUCAUUGCCAAGGUAAAGGCGGAGUUGGAGAACCCCAAGGUGCUGCAGCAGAUUCUGCAGCAGAGCGUGGCGGAUGUUGAGCGGAUCGUCUCUACCAAGUCGCAAUAG